AUGAGCACUUCUAUUGUAUUUUCAACACUACAUUUUCUUGAUAUUCUUAUUAUUGUUCAUUCGUUUAUAUGUAUGUCCUUCUCCUCCUCCUCCAAUUUUCCCAUUAUUCGUUUCUUGUCUUUUUUCCCCCAAAAUGAUCUCCAAUUCAUUUCUAGUCAUUCACACACUAAUCAAAUAAUCAAAUAUUUAAAGUUGAAAAAGUUCGAAACCCAAAUUGCAGCAGCCUACUAUCAUCAAUCUCUACCUCCUCCUCCUUCUCAUCGUCAUUCUCAUUCUUCACUUCCACAUCAUCAUCAUCAUCAACAUCUUCUUCAACAUCCACCACAAUUUUUAGUGAGAUCUCGAUAUAAUUAAGAAUUGAAAACAAAAAACAAGAAAUGGUGAGUAAAAUGUGAUUAAGUAGGGUGUUCAAAAUUUGUGAUUCGAGCUUUUUCAUUUUCCAUAUCCGGUUUUAUUAUUCUUUUAUAUUUUCUAGUCUUUUGGUAGAAAGACAAUUCUACCGUAUACUUGGCUUUCCAAUGAUCUCAUUUGAUGUACAUAGUGACCAAAAUAUUCCACAUUUAUUAUUGUUAGUCCUGUUUUUAUUUAUAUAGUAAAAAUAUUUCUUCUCGGUUGUUGUUGAAAUUUUAAUUUAAAACGACUAGGGCCGGUGCCCCUGAGCGAAACAAUUAGAAAAUCCUCAAAAAUUCUAAAUUUUGAAGAAAACCCUAUUUUUCGCAAAAGAUUUCUUUUAAAAAAGUUACGCAUGGGAAUACAAAUUGUGAAGUUUAAUGAGACAUAGAUUAUAAAAGAAAAAAAAAUUCAAAACAAAAUGGAAAUCGCGUGCAUAAAACUAUUAAAAAAUUAAUCUACCUAUGAAAUAUUUCAUAGUUUGUUUUUCAAUAAAAUCUUGAAGCUGACCAUCAAGUAUAAUUCAAAGCUUCAUCAAUAAUAACUUUAUCCAAUAUUUUUCAAUGAAGCCCAAAUCUCACCUGUUAGUUUUGUUCCCCUCCCCCCAAACCUCAAAAUAAACUAACUUGCGUGGCCCGUUCCGUGAAAAGUUGUUGAUUUCUUUGAAUGUUUUGUCCGAACGAAAUAUCUUCUUGACCGGAAGCCUGAAACUUCUACAUUCGUUUUCUCAAAAUUUUCGCCUAUUCUUAAACUUACAUCAGACAAUGACAAUUUCGCAUUUUAUGGGACCGCUGCAUUCUGUGACUGUUGUCUCUAAAAAAAUAAGAAAAUUAAAAAAUGUACCAAAUCACCCCAUUAAUAACUUUUUCUACGCUGAAAAAACCAGAAAAAUGAUUCAGUUCGAAAAAAAACGUUCAAUCAAUAAUUACUUUUCAAAUAAAAAACAUUUAUCUCUCUCUCUCUCUCUCUCUCUCUAACUCUCUCUCUCCAUUUCCCACACUCUCUCAUCUACCCUGCAAAAAAACAACAAAAUAAACUAAACAACGCGCACGCGGAGUAUCGUUGUUUUUCUUUUAUUUUUUUUUGCACGACAUUUUUAUUUUUUAUUUUUUUUUCUUGUUUUUGAGUGGUUUUUUUCAGCGCAGAAAAAGUUAUUAAUGGGGUGGUUUGGUACAUUUGUUUAAUUUUCUAAUUUUUUAGAGACAACAGUCACUCACAAAUCCACAAUUGUCAUUUUCUGAUGUAAGUUUAAGAAUAGGCGAAAAUUUUGAGAAAAAGAAUGUAGAGGUUUCAGGCUUCCGAACAAGAAGUUGGACAGGACAUUCGAAGAUAUAAACAACUUUUCACGGAACGGGCCACUCAAGUUAGUUUAUUUUGA